GAAGUGGAUAUUUUCCAUCACAGUGAGUCAAUAAACUUGGGAUCUAAAAGCUGCGUGUUGAUUUCUCAAACACUGUGUAUGGUGACUGUCAGUCAUGCUGUGAUCACACGGGAGAAAAGCCGGGAGCUCGAGAGCACUGACAGACAUGAUGUGGCCCCUGUUACCAGCAGUUCACGGUGCCACCGACAGGUGGUGUGUGUGCUGCAUGCAUAAUAACGAAAAUACAAACUGUGCCUUGCUAUGUUAGCCACCAAGGAGCUUCUUAACGUAAGCUAGCAAAUAAAACUAUUAUUUGUGAGAUUUGGAAAAUGACAGUUUGUGCGGGAAAUUAACGAAAGCAUCCUUAUUGCAAAGUCCGCAACGUUUGGAUUAUUUGUGUUUCAGUCCGUCUUUGAUUUAAAACGAGGUUCAGAUACCUUCUUGCUUCAGAUCCAGAGCAGUAGAAGCACCUACUCCAGCAGAUCCAGAUGAUGUUAAAGAAAUGAUAGCAGCGCAGGAUUUGCACACCGAGUUUCAAUUUCCUCAAGAGGCAGAAUCUCAGUUGUCUUCAGAUACUGACCUUGAGGAUCAUGAUGGCAAAAAUGCAAAGACAGGAAAGGGCAUGGCAGCCAAGAAAGGGAAGAAGGCGCUUGGAGACAAGGCCAAAGGUGGGGGAGCAGGGAGAGCCCCUGGUCUUGGCUGGGUGAAUGGCCAUCAUCAGGAGAAUGGGAUGGAGAAUAUGACCCUGUUCGAGGUGGUUAAAAUGGGGAAGAGUGCCACACAGUCUGUUGUUGAUGACUGGAUCGAGGCAUACAAACAUGACAGAGACAUUGCUCUCUUGGACUUAAUCAACUUCUUCAUUCAGUGCUCUGGCUGUAAAGGUGCUGUGAGUGGAGAGAUGUUCAGACAUAUGCAGAACUCCGAAAUCAUCCGAAAAAUGACCGAGGAGUUUGAGGAGGACAGCGGUGACUAUCCAUUAACUCUGUCAGGACCACAGUGGAAGAAAUUCAGGAUAAGUUUCUGUGACUUCAUUGCGGUUCUGGUGCGUCAGUGUCAGUACAGCAUCAUCUACGACGAGUAUAUGAUGGACACAGUCAUCUCACUACUCACUGGCCUGUCUGACUCACAGGUCAGGGCGUUUAGGCAUACAAGCACACUAGCAGCCAUGAAGUUGAUGACAGCUUUGGUGAACGUGGCUCUGAACCUGAGCAUCAAUAUGGACAACACGCAGAGGCAGUAUGAGGCGGAGAGGAACAAGGUCGUUGCAAAAAGGGCCAAUGAUAGGUUGGAGCUCCUGUUACAGAAACGUAAAGAGCUCCAAGAAAAUCAAGAUGAAAUUGAAAACAUGAUGAAUGCAAUUUUCAAAGGAGUGUUUGUUCACAGAUAUCGUGAUGCCAUUGCUGAAAUCCGAGCUAUUUGUAUCGAAGAAAUUGGAGUGUGGAUGAAGCUGUACAGCGACGCCUUCCUGAAUGACAGUUACCUGAAGUAUGUUGGCUGGACAAUGCAUGACAAGCAAGGUGAAGUGCGGCUGAAGUGCCUGACUGCCCUGCAAGGCCUGUUCUACAACAGAGAGCUCGGCGCACGACUGGAGCUCUUUACAAGUCGCUUCAAGGACCGCAUUGUGUCUAUGACUCUGGACAAAGAGUAUGAUGUUGCAGUGCAAGCCAUUAAACUUCUUACGCUUGUCCUACAGAGUAGUGAUGAGGUUCUGACAGCAGAGGACUGUGAGAGUGUGUAUCAUCUGGUUUACUCGGCACACCGACCCAUCGCUGUGUCAGCAGGAGAAUUUCUGUUUAAGAAGCUCUUCAGCCAACAAGGUCCUGAGGAAGAGGGAUUACCCAGGAGGGGCAGACAGAGCCUCAAUGGCAGCCUUAUCAAGACUACUGUCUUCUUCUUCUUGGAGAGCGAGCUCCAUGAACAUGGGGCCUACUUGGUGGAUAGCUUGUGGGAGUGUGCGUCAGAGCUGUUGAAGGACUGGGAGACUAUGAUCAGCCUGCUGCUGGAUGAACCCAUGCCAGGAGAGGAGGCCCUGAAUGAUUGCCAGGAGACGGCUCUGGUUGAGAUCAUGCUCUGUGCCAUUCGGCAGGCUUGUGAAUGCCACCCUCCAGUAGGCAGAGGCACGGGGAAGAGGGUCCUGACUGCAAAGGAGAAGAAAACACAGCUGGAUGAUCGGACACGGAUUACAGAGAUGUUUGCAGUUGCGUUGCCUCUGUUAUUGGCAAAGUACUGCGUUGAUAUUGAUAAGGUGACCAAUUUGCUACAAAUACCAAAGUACUUUGAUCUUGACAUCUACACAACUGGCCGGUUAGAAAAGCAUUUGGAUGCCUUGUUGCGGCAAAUCUGGGAGGUCCAGGAUAAACACACAGACACUGAGGUCCUGGAGGCCUGCUCUACCACCUACCACUAUCUCUGCAAUGAAGAGUUCACCAUCUUCAACCGCGUGGACAUCGCCCGCUCCCAGCUUCUCGAUGAGCUUGUAGACAAGUUCAAUAGACUCCUGGAGGACUUCCUGCAAGAGGGUGAAGAACCAGAUGAGGAUGAUGCCUACCAGGUUCUAUCUACACUCAAGAAGAUCAGCGCUUUCCACAAUGCACAUGACCUCUCUAAGUGGGAUCUGUUCACCAGCAACUACAGGCUACUCAACACAGGUCUGCAGAACGGGGAUAUGCCUGAACAGAUUGUGAUUCACGCAAUGCAGUGCACACAUUACAUCAUCCUGUGGCACCUAGCAAAGGUUUCAGAUGGCAGUUCUUUAAAGGGUGAUAUGGUGACCUUGAGAAAACAAAUGAGAGCUUUCUGCUUAAUGUGUCAGCGUUACCUUAACAGCAUCAACACCGCAGUUAAAGAACAGGCCUUCACCAUACUAUGUGAUCUGCUAUUGAUCUUCAGUCACCAAAUUAUGUCUUCAGGCCGGGAACAACUGGAGCCUCUGGUCUAUACGCCAGACUCUUCUUUGCAGGCAGAGCUGCUCAACUUCAUUCUGGAUCAAGUGUUCAUUGAUCAGGAUGAUGACAGCACAGACGGACAGCAAGAUGAUGAAGCCAGUAAAAUUGAGGCUCUGCACAAGCGAAGAAACCUUCUUGCUGCCUAUUGCAAAUUAAUCAUUUACAAUGUUGUGGAAAUGAACACUGGAGCAGAUAUAUUUAAACAGUAUAUGAGGUAUUACAAUGACUAUGGAGAUAUCAUCAAGGAAACGAUGAGCAAAACAAGACAAAUUGACAAAGUACAAUGUGCAAAGACACUCAUAUUGAGCCUGCAAACGUUAUUCAAUGAGAUGUUGUCAGAACUUGGCUUCAAUGUCGACCGCUCAUCAUCAGCCUUCUGUGGCAUAAAAGAGCUUGCCCGACGCUUCUCGUUGACUUUUGGCUUGGAUCAGUUGAAGACCAGGGAGGCUAUUGCCAUGUUACAUAAGGAUGGAAUUGAGUUUGCUUUUAAGGAACCUAGUCCCCAAGGAGAGGGGAGUCCACCUCUCAAUCUAGCCUUUUUGGAUAUCCUGAGCGAGUUCUCUAGCAAACUAAUUCGGCAGGACAAGAGAACAGUUCACAUGUAUCUGGAGCGAUUCAUGACAUUUCAGAUGGCUCUGCAGCGAGAGGACUGCUGGCUGCCCCUCAUCUCGUACAGGAACUCCCUGCAGGCUGGAGGGGACGACGACACCAUGUCUGUCAUCAGUGGGAUCAGCAGUCGAGGGUCCACCAUCAGGAGUAAGAAAUCCAAGCCAGCCACUGCUAGCAAAAGGAAAUUGCCUGAGGCAGAAGAGAACAGCUGCAGCAGCAGUGAUGCAGUUUGGAUGAACCGUGAGCAGAACGUGCAGACGCCAGUAAUGAUGCAUUCGCCCCACCUCACCUCCACCGUACUGAGGGAUCCAAAGAAGAUGAGGCCAGAGGACAGCUACACUGCCGCAUACACCAUGCCAGCUGAGCAGCAUCCCCAUCAGCCUGUGCCUCCCCAGCAGCAGCCACACCAUCACCACCAGGCUGCCAUUGAUUACAAUACCCAGGUUACUUGGAUGUUGACACAGAGGCAACAAGCUGAGUCUCGUCAGCAGCAAGAGCGGGUUAGCAUGCACUACGCCAAGAUGAGGAACCACAUGCAGCAAGCAAUUCGUCGAGGCUCUGGACUCAUGGAGGAUGAUGAGGAGCCAAUAGUGGAGGAUGUGAUGAUGUCAUCAGAGGACAUCAAUGAGGGCAUGGAUUUUGACACAAUGGACAUCGAUCUGCCGGCAUCAAAGAAUCGCAGAGAAAGAACUGAACUAAAGCCGGAUUACUUUGAUCCAUCUUCCAUCAUGGAUGAUUCGGUUCUCAAUGUUUCAAUGUUCUAAAACGGAUUGGACGCAUCAAGGAGAAUGUGUUAUUAAAAUCCUUGGAAGAUAGGAUGGAUGACUGUUCUCUGUGGAAAUCAGAAUGGCGCGAAAUGGACUACUAUCAAUGGUUUGUGAGAUACCAAUGUUUGCCUCUUCAACACUUUGUUCAAACUUAGGGGGAGAGCUUGAAUUUGAAUUUUAUUCUGAUAUUUUCACACACUGGACUUUUGUCACACUGCAGCAGAAAUGUGUAUGUUUUUGUUUAGUUACCCUAAAAACAACUUGAUGUUAGCUUUCACUAAGGUGAAGCAGUACAGACACUAUGUGGCAGGUACAUGGUGAGGGGAUAAUAACAGACUGAAAUUCAAAUUAAUAAUAUAUACCUUUAAUCUUUUUAAUUCAGCAGACAAAAAUUGUCUAAUGUAAAUACAUAGUGGCCAAUAUACAGGAGGGGUGAACACAAUUUCAUGAACACCAGUGGAUAGAAAUAUAAUAGCCCUGCAAAAUAAUACUACCUUUAUGAUGCUUGUAGCAUUCAGUUGUUGUUGAACACUAUAAUGACACUGCACUUUGUCACAGAGGUGUUAAUUCAACUCUAUCGUAAUUUUACAGCCAUAUUUUUAGAAAUUAUUAUAGGCUCCAAUCAAUACCUCUCUGACGCAAUCUAAACAGAAAUCGAACAUCAUAAGCUUCAUAAAGACAGCAUUUAUUGCAGUUCUAUUGAAUUGGACUGCAUUACAUUGUAAAGGUGUCAGUGAUAUUGCGUUCACCUGCUGUACUUUUAAACUGUAGACUUUGGCAUGGCAUGUAGCCAUAUAUUGAAACAUGUACACAGUAAAGUAUAAUGUGAACUGGCGUCUCAUACUGUUCAAAGGCCUUGCCACAAAUGAUAUACGACAUUCUCAGAUUUCUUUGUGAUGGUAUUUUUUAGAAAUGUAUGUGUUCUGCUUUUAUACCUUAUAGAUGACUUUGAUUUAUAGAUAUUUUGUAAUGACAAUCAAAUGUAAAUUAAUGGUUUCUAAUCAUGUUAUUUCACAUAGAUGCUGAAAUAAUCCUUUUUAAUGAAAAUGAUUAUGUUACUAUAGAUAUGGCCAGCUGUUUGUAUUUUAUUUUCAUCUCUAGAAAGAAUGGAUGCAAAAGUAAUGUAUUGCUCAAAUGUAGUAAUUUGACAAAUUGAUGGUUGCAUCUAAAAUUAGUUUUUAAUAUUGGGAGCAUUCACAGUGUCAUACAUAACAUUUUGUCUCAACCUUAAACAUAUAAUCUCUCCUAUAUCUUGACUAUUUUUCUCCACUGUAUAGUAUCUAAUAAUAUCUAAUAAUACAGACAUGCCAUAAUUGCGAUCUUUAGAAGAAAGGAUUUGAAAAAUGGUUGGGAAAGGUGUGUGUGUUUGUUUUUGUUUUUUCCAGUUUGCAAGUGUGCAGAAGAUUUUUUCAAAACGGCAAUUUAUUUGAUGUACCACUGUUGCGUGUAUAAGAGAUAUAGAAUUAUUCACAAUUACAAAGUUUUAGAAUUCUUUAGUAAACUAUUCUAGUAUCAGAAUUGUAUAUUAUACAGUUACAGAUGUGUAAUAUAUUGUGAAUCGGUGCUCAUUUUAUAUUUGCAGUUUCUGUUUGCUUGAAUCUUUAGAGAAAGGUAAAAUAAAUAGAAUGUAACUAUUUGAAGUUAAUUUACUAAUUUGCAAGUAUACAUACAGCACCUUGUUUUGUUUGUCUUUCAAUGGAUUGUUGCGAUAUUUCUUUACCUCUGUGUAUUGGCCUGGUUGGCAGAUUCAGAUUUUAUGGAAAACGGUGUAUUCAUAUUGUAGUUAGAAACAAAUGAAUAAUUUCCUCAGAAUCUCACUAUAAACUGGAGAAACAGAUCACAUGGUCUUCAACAUUAUCAUAUACAUAAUAACUAUUAAUGUUAGGCAGAUGAGAAAAAUACAUCUUGGAAUUGCCUGUAAAUUUACAUUAAUCAUUUCAUUUUGGAUCUUUUCUGUUUUGCAUUGAACUGCUGAAAAUGUGCAUACAUCUGUAUGAUUACACAUAUUUAAAUAUUUGUUGAUUUUUAAUUUGUGUUUUUAUUAUAUUUCAAAGUGCCCAUUGCAUCCUUUAAGAUUUGUAUUUAUGUCUGGAGAUGUAACAUGAACAGAAUAAACCCUGUGUGAUAAUUUUAA